AUGUCCAAUUCUGACUCUUUCACUCACGACAUUGAGAAACAAAUCACUUUGGACGCUGUCCAAAACAAUCCCCACAAGCCUUCUACUGGAUCUGGCUUCCGCCACGACGAGCACCACAUUUACAUCAACGACCAAGCCAUUGGCAAAGAUGAGUUUAUGUAUGCUUUCGGAGGCUCCUUGAACGUGGGUGCCAGAAAACAAACAAAGAACGUUGAGAUUUUCGGUGAUCCAGUCCCUGCUGGUUUGGCAGCUUUCAGUUGCUCUGCUUUUUCAUUAGGUUUUGUUCAAAUGCGUGCGCGUCACGUGCACGCCCCCAACGUGCUGCUUGGGGCUUUCCUCACCACUUCUGGUUUGGUUGAGCUGAUUGUUGGUAUUUUGUGCUUUAUUGUGGGCAACACCUGGGCGUGCUGCACCUUCUUGAUGUUUGGUGGUUUCUGGAGCUCGUACUCCUUUUUGCUGAUGGAUGUUGGUGGAAUCCAAUCCGCAUACUCGUCGGAUGCAGAGUACGGUCAGGCUGUGGCAUUCUACUUCCUACCAUGGGCUCUGUUCUCGUUUGGAUUGUUUGCCUGUACUUGGAGAUCCACAUGGAGUUUGAGUUUGCUGCUAUUUUUGAUCUGGUUUUUCAUUCUGCUCUUCACUAUUGCCCAGUUCAUCAGCUCGGUUGACACUUUCCGAGCAGGAGGUGUCAUUUGCUGGUUAAGUGGCGUUGUUGGGUUCUACAACAUGUUGGCCGGUUUGGUGGACGAAACAAACAGUUACUUCGUUAUCAAGCCGAUGUACCUGCCCAACGCUGUUAGACCCGAGAAAAAGGAUUAA